AUGGACAUUCUCAAAGUCUUGUCCCGCGGAACCAAGAAAACUUCCAAGGGCGCUGGGCCUAAUGGCUGCAACACUCAACUGCCCUCCGCAGGCACCAAGACCAACCCGCAGCUAUACAACGAUGAAAUCCGUGGCAUGAAACGGAAACGUGGUGCCGAACAGCCCAAGGAAUCGGUGCCUACAGACCUUCCCAUUGUCGACUUCUUCGCACCCAAGCCACAGCCUGCAGAAAACCAGAAAACAGAUGCUGUAAAGAGCCAACGGGAACCCAGCCCGCCACCUGCGCCCGUAAAGAAAUUGACUGAGGAUGAAUGCCGACGACUUUUGCGGGCCCACCGUCUCAAGAUUACUUUGCUCUCAAAGCACGAAGAACCGAAGAAAGUCAAAAAGUCAAGGAAGAGGCAGAGCACGGUGGUCCAGAAGAAAAAAGACGACAAGAGAAUGCUGUUCCCCCAGCCCUUGGAGUCCUUUGGCCAUCUUCGCACGACAUAUGGAAUUCCUCGCCAGGUUGCCGAGAAUCUUGUCCAACAGAGCUACCGUCUUCCUACAGAAGUCCAAAUGGGAAGUCUCCCGUUACUGCUUCGCCCCGAGGUUGCACUCGGCAGCGAGGACCAUUUCGGUCGGGGUGUUGAUUUCUUGGCUGUUGCACCCACAGGCAGCGGCAAGACAAUCAGCUUUCUCAUCCCCGCAAUCAGCAACAUCAUACGGAGACGAGAACGAGCAAGCAUGCAAGGUGCUCAUGAGCUUGAGGCCAUCAUCGUCGCACCGACAAGAGAGUUGGUUCAUCAGAUUGUCAAUGAGGGAAGCAAGCUUGUCCAGGGAACGGGUGUCAAGAUUGUGGCUAUGAAGAAGACUACACAACUCUCUGCAGAGGAGCGGGUCCUGGCCGACGAUAGCUCGGAUGAUGAGCUCGACGUCGACGUGGAAGACGAGGAGGAGCCAGGGUCCGACGACGACAAGAAGUGCAGGAUGAGGAGAUCUAAACCCCAUCCUCUGACAAAGACUGACAUUGUGGUCACAACCCCGGCCUUGCUAAUGAACUUUUUGACUGCUGCAGAUGACGGCACGCAAAAAGUUUUGCCCACGGUGAGGGAGCUGAUUCUCGACGAGGCAGACGUUCUCCUGGACCCGCUGUUCAGAGAGCAGACGCUGGGUUUGUGGACGGCUUGCACCAACCCCGAACUCCGACUCUCCUUCUGGUCCGCAACCAUGGGCUCCAACAUUGAAGCUCUUGCUACCGAGAAGUCAGGAGACAGGGCGGAAGCCCUGGGAAUCACGCCAAGGCCUCUCGUACGUCUCGUCGUGGGCUUGAAGGACACGGCAGUGCCAAACAUCGUGCACAAGCUCACGUACACGGCCAGCGAGCAGGGCAAACUUCUUGCCCUGCGCCAGCUUCUGCACCCAGCGGGCAGCGACGGCUCCGGCACGCCACUACGGCCCCCGUUCUUGGUCUUUACGCAAACCAUCGACAGGGCCAUGGCCCUCCACGAGGAACUCAAAUACGACAUCCCGCUGGAGGCCGGCGGCCCGACCAGGAUCGCAGCGCUGCACAGCGCCCUCGCCGACUCGGCCCGGUCAACCAUCAUGCGCAAGUUCCGUGCCGGGGAAAUCUGGGUCCUCAUCACGACCGACGUCCUCGCCCGCGGCGUGGACUUUGCCGGCGUCAACGGCGUGGUCAACUACGACGUCCCCGGCUCGGCAGCCGCCUACGUGCACCGCGCGGGGCGAACCGGCCGGGCCGGCCGCGAGGGCGGCAUCGCCGUGACGCUUUAUACCAAGGAAGACAUUCCGUUUGUCAAGACGGUAGCAAAUGUCAUCUCCGUAAGCGACAAGCAGGCCGGCAAGACGGGCGAACAGGCAGGCGUGCAGAAGUGGCUGCUGGAUGCGCUGCCCAACGUGGGCAAGGCGGACAGGAAGAAGCUCAAGGAGAGAGGUGUUGAGUCACGGAGGAGCAGCAGCGGGAGCAAGGCCAAGAUUACGUCAAAGAGCGGCUAUGAGCGGAGGAAAGAGAAUAAUAGACGGGGCGCGAUCGAUGCGAACAGGAGGAAGAGGAUUGAGGGCGCCGGACAAGACGACGAGUGGGACGGGCUAGGGGACUAG